AGUUCAGAUUGACAAACCGGAAGCUACGCAGAGCUCUUUUUCCGUAACGUUAAAACAGAAUCGACGUACGUCGGAUAUCCUGCGUAAACAUCCACAACAAACAUGGCGGACGAUCACACAGACGCAGAUCAGUCCAUGGAGGGACACACUCCUGUGUCUGAAAAUCCUCACGCAGAGUACGGCCUGACAGACAACAUCCAGAGGUCGGUGGAGAACGAGAAGGCGAGCGCAGAGAAGAUCUCUAAGCAGAAGGUGGAUCUGCAGGCGCUGCCGACCCGGGCGUACCUGGACCAGACCGUGGUCCCGAUCCUGCUGCAGGGCCUGUCAGUACUCGCCAAAGAGAGACCUCCGAACCCCAUCGAGUACCUGGCAGCGUUCCUGCUGAAGAACAAAUCCCAGUUUGAAGAGAGAAAUUAAAAUCAUCUGAAAACAUUUCAUCUGGUGGAAACUUGUCUCAGCUCCUGUUGUUCAUAAACUGUUAGGCUGUUUGUUUUUUUUAUUUUAUCAGAAUAAACAUGUUGAUGGGAA